UAGUCCCCAGCAGUGGUCGCCGCCAAGAAAUCAGCUGGUCUCUAUAAAAUUCAUCUGUGCCACAAUGACAAACAUUCCGCGCGAGCGAAACCGAGGAAUGCUUGUAACUCCUUUUGCAAUGGAAGUGCCAGGAGUAGUAUAGUCACCGUCGAGACAUCGUGGAUCUCUAUACAAUUCCUCUCGUACCCCAUUGACAAACAUUCCCCGCGAGCGGAAGCGAGGAAUGUUUGCAAUUCGGAAGUGCCAGGAUGAUGUUGUGUGCCAACUUCGUCAGUUGCAAUUGAAUCGCUUACAUGAUUCAUGUGUGCGUGUGCUCGGCGCAACAGAAUGCCGAGCUUGCAACGACGUGCAUAUAAAAGAUGGUACAAUCCCAGGUUCGAGGACCAACCCAGUUCUGAUUCCCUCUUCUCCCCAACAACAAACACAGUAAUAUCAUGCCGAUCACGUUCAAGGGUGUUUUUACGAAUGUCGCUGUCACUGGUGAUGUGUUGACGUGUACCGACGGAGACGAGGUUAAGCUGGCUCCGCGCGUGCCAGGCGACCAUGCUCAGACGUGGAUUGUGGAAUUCAAUGGUAAACCGCAGGCGACGAUCAAGAAUGAGAGGUUCGGUCGAUACUUGGGAUGGGACAAAAAACACAUUGUGACUGCCACCUACACUUCCACACCCGAUCUUUGGACGGUCAAAGCGACUCUAGAUAACUUGAACUUCAGAUUCCAAGCCGUUAUCGACGCGGAGGCGUUCACCUUGACGGAUCAGAAUGGAAAGGUCAUACUCGACAAGAAAGAAUCCGACGAAGGGAAGCGUGUAUGGCGUACGAGUUUGAAAGUGCGAGCUAUGUCUGUUGUCGAACGUAACAUUCAACUGUUACAAUAUAUUGUGCUGCAGCAAUUUUGUAUGAGUGCACUCUGUGAGAGACCGCGAAAGGUCAUCGUCGCGCAUCAGCGCUCAGCAUCCACCGUGUUUGCGCUGGAGAUGUUAAUGGCUGCUACGUUGGCUCUACUGCUACACUGCUUCUACCGCAAUGACACAUAG